GUCCAUUGAUGGGCAGACUGGUUCAGAAGCGCUUCAGCCACUGUUGUGUUCUGAGAGUAGGUGAAGGAAGGGCUGUCACUGCAACAGAGGGAAGGGCGCAACACACUGACAGUGUUUCUAUUCGCGACUCCGUCCGAGCUGAAUCUUUGCGGACUUGUGAAAGCUGAGACUCUGCGCGAUCGAGAAGAAACUUUUGAAAAGCAGAUAGCCUACAUUUUAUUUUUUAUUUUAUUUUUUAGGUUUGCGUUUAUUGAUUCAAUUAUUAGCUGAUUUAUUUUGCAGUCUUGGGAUAAUUUAUUUAAGAAAAAGCCGUCUAAUAGACCUUCUCUUUAAGGCGUUUUGAAUUGACAGUAUUCUGAGAGUUUUGUUUCAGAAACAACACAGGCUAUAUUAGUUUAAUUCGUUUACUAGUCAGUUCGGUACAUAGCUGAACAUAUCACAACUUUAUAAGCUAUAACUGACUUGUCAUUCAAACCACAAUAGGAUAAAGAACUGUGCGUGCGCUUUCUAUAAAAGUGUAUCUCCGUUUUUAAUUUAUUUCAUUAUCUUGCUCAAGAUGAUGAAUACGAUGGUAAUUCUUGCCGAGUUCUUUGUGGUCAUUUUGAAAGUGCUCUGGGCUUUUGUUACCGCCGGGGCGAAAUGGGUGGUGCGACCGAAGGAGAAGAGUGUAGCGGGACAGGUGUGUGUGAUCACCGGGGCUGGAAGCGGUCUGGGUCGGCUGUUCGCCAAGGAGUUCGCUCGGAGACGGGCAGUAUUGGUGCUGUGGGACAUCAACAGCCAAAGCAACGAAGAGACGGCGGAGUUGGUACGGGAAAUCUACCGAGAACUGGACAGUGAAACCCCGAUGUCCAGAGACGGCGCAGUUGGAGGGUUAGAAGAGAUCCCUCCCUUCCAGCCGCAGGUGUACACGUACGUGUGUGACGUGGGCAAGCGGGAGAGUGUGUACUCCACGGCGGAGAAGGUGCGUCGGGAGGUGGGCAACGUGGACAUGUUAAUAAACAACGCUGGCGUGGUCUCUGGUCACCAUCUCCUGGAGUGUCCUGACGAGCUGAUCGAACGCACCAUGCGGGUCAACUGCCACGCACACUUCUGGACCACCAAGGCCUUCCUUCCCAAGAUGUUGGAGCUGAACCACGGCCACAUUGUGACGGUUGCCAGCUCUCUGGGGCUGUUCAGCACAGCUGGUGUGGAGGAUUACUGCGCCAGUAAGUUCGGGGCCAUCGGCUUCCACGAGUCGCUGAGCCACGAGAUCAAGGCUUCGGAUAAGGACGGCAUUAAGAUGACGCUGGUGUGUCCCUACCUGGUGGAGACGGGCAUGUUCCAAGGCUGCAGGAUAAGGAAAGAGAUUGAGCCUUUCCUGCCUCCCCUGAAGCCAGAGUUCUGCGUAACACAGUCUAUGAGGGCCAUUCUCACCGACCAGGCUAUGAUCUGUACCCCUCGAAUCGUAUAUAUGGUCAACAUCAUGAAAAGCAUCCUGCCCUUCGAGGCCAUCGUUUGUAUGUACAGGUUCCUGGGUGCUGAUAAGUGUAUGUAUCCCUUCCUGGCCCAGAGGAAGGAGCUGAUGAACAACAACGAGGCUAAGGAAGAUAUCUAACGGGAGGACCAGGGCGAAGGCACAUGGCCUGGAGGCACCAGGAUAGACCACUGAGGAAGCAUGGAUGAAGAGAAAUAAGACUGAAUCUAGACUGGUGCACUUUUGCAUUUAGCGGAUACAUAAAAGGUUGACCGUAUUGUUCCUCUGGAACGAUGCCAAGCUGUGUACAAAAACACACAGCAUUUAUUUUUUGACGGUUGUUUGAAAGAAACCAAUCAUCUAUAUACUGUGUCAAUAGUUUUUAAAAAUUGUUAUUUUAUCAUAUGAUACUUUUUAAAAAAAAAUUUUUUUUUUUUUUUUUUAAAGCUAUUCAGUAAUUAACUAUUUACAUAAUGUAGUCACCAGCUUUUUAUGUAGCGUCUCGGUGGAAAAUAUACAGUAUGUUACUGUACAGUACAAUCUUGUUACUUUUUAGCUGUUUUAAUUUGUAGACAUGCACUGUAAUACUGACUUUAUCUAUAUGGCCAAGUCUCUAUGUCAAAACUACGGUUCAACGUGGCAUUUCCAGAAUUAUAUUACCCAGCAAACCCCUGAGGCUCAGUCUAACCAAUCACAACGUGAUGCUCCAAAUGGUUAUCCAAUCAUACUGAUCUUAGCUCGCCUUUAUGUAUUAGAAUUCCGCGGAAGAUUCUCUGAUUAUUCCGUUUAUUUCAAACCCGUUCAUUUUAACGUUAUUUUAAGUUUUACAACAUUUUAAGGUUAUUUUAAGUUUACAACGUUUUAACGUUAUCCUAAGUUUACAAAAAAAAAGUGUAUUUCACUUCUUAAUUUUUUUUGUCACCAUGGAAACGCAUGUUAUUGUUUUUCUCCCCCAGAGAAGGUUUCUAUUCAUCUUUCCAGCUGAAUACUCCAUUUCUCUCCUGUUAGAAAAGUGGUACAGAAUAUUGGAAUAUUAGUUUGCAUAUUGGCUGACCUACCUGAGGCUUAUCCAAUCGGGUGACACAUUUCAGAACGUCCAGAUGUAAUGCUGUGGAAUUCAACCAAGUUUAUUUUUUAUUUAUUUUAUUUUGCCUUUAUUUAAGCAGGCAAGUCAGUUAAAGAACAAAUUCUUAUUUUCAAUGACGGACUAGGAACAGUGGGUUAACUGCCUGUUCAGGGGCAGAACGACAGAUUUGUACCUUGUCAGCUCGGGGAUUUGAACUUGCAACCUUCCGGUUAUUAGUCCAACGCUCUAACCACUAGGCUACCUGCCACCUCUACACUCUAACCACUAGGCUACCCUACCACCUCCACACUCUAACCACUAGGCUACCUGCCACCUCUACACUCUAACCACCAGGCUACCUGCCACCUCUACACUCUAACCACUAGGCUGCCCUACCACCUCUACCCUCUAACCACUAGGCUACCUGCCACCUCUACCCUCUAACCACUAGGCUACCUACCACCUCUACACUCUAACCACUAGGCUGCCCUACCACCUCUACACUCUAACCACUAGGCUACCUGCCUCCUCUACACUCUAACCACUAAGCUACCUGCCACCUCUACACUCUAACCACUAGGCUACCCUGCCACCUCUACACUCUAACCACUAGGCUACCCUGCCACCUCUACACUCUAACCACUAGGAUACCUGCCACCUCUACACUCUAACCACUAGGCUACCUGCCACCUCUACACUCUAACCACUAGGCUACUUGCCACCUCUACACUCUAACCACUAGGCUACCCUGCCUCCUCUACACUCUAACCACUAGGCUACCCUACCACCUCUACACUCUAACCACUAGGCUACCUGCCACCUCUACACUCUAACCACUAGGCUACCCUGCCACCUCUACACUCUAACCACUAGGCUACCCUGCCACCUCUACACUCUAACCACUAGGAUACCUGCCACCUCUACACUCUAACCACUAGGCUACCUGCCACCUCUACACUCUAACCUCUACACUACCCUGCCGCCCCAAGUCAGUUUUUAUAUAUCGUCCUGUCUGAGUUUCCAGGUGUUUUCCAGAAAUCCUGGUUGGAAGAUUCCUAGAAUCACAUGUUUUUAUGUAAUGAAUCUGUCACAAAGUCAUCAAAUCGAGUCAUUUAAUUUUUUUUUUUAACCUUUAACCACACUGAUCACCCUAAUGCCUAACCUUACAUUAGAUCAAAAAACACUUUUGUUUCUUGUUUAACAGGAAUUUUUACAAUAUAGCACAUUUUGACAUUGCAGCUCUCCCAUCUAGGCAAGUUGACAUUUAUUGGGAUGAGUCUUGUCCUUGAGGCAGAACAGAGCCAUUUCUGCUAGAUGGGCCAGCUGCAAAGUCAAAAAUUGGCUACAUUCAUAAAAACAAAUGUGCUUUUUUGGUCUUAAUUUGAAGUUAGGGUUCAGAUCUGAUUUUGUGGCUAUGCCAGAUAGUGACCACUGUGCAGAUCUGCCUCCAGAACAAGAUUCACGGUGAAAAACGCCAACCUUACCCCAUCUAGCAGAAAUGGCUCAGUUCUGCCUCCAGAACAAGAUUCAUGGUGAAAAACGCCAACCUUACCCCAUCUAGCAGAAAUGGCUCAGUUCUGCCUCCAGAACAAGAUUCACGGUGAAAAACGCCAACCUGUUGAAAGGUACUGGAAUUUUGCAGGCCCUAUUUCUUCUGGUUGAACUGAUGGAGUCAAUCAGCCUGAAGGCUCAAUACCCUUCUGAACUCUGAUAUGACUAUUGAUUGAUUGAUACUGAUUGAUUGAUACUGAUGACUACUGCCUUUUUAGCAUUUUCUCCAUAAGACAUACUUCCAAUCCAACCAAUGACCAGCCCUUUAUCUCCCAGUGAAUGAUCUGUGGGCGGAGGAACUGUGUAGCUAGCUGAUCUAGAAACUCAUGUCUUAGUGAAAACUACACUCCUCCACUACAUUCAUUAGUCUCUCUCUCUCUCUCUCUCUCUCUCUCUAUCGUCCUCCACUACAUUCAUUAGUCUCUCUCUCUCUCUCUAUCGUCCUCCACUACAUUCAUUAGUCUCUCUCUCUCUCUCUCUCGUCCUCCACUACAUUCAUUAGUCUCUCUCUAUCCUCCUCCACUACAUUCAUUAGUCUCUCUCUCUCUCUAUUGUCCUCCACUACAUUCAUUAGUCUCUCUCUCUCUCUAUCGUCCUCCACUACAUUCAUUAGUCUCUCUCUCUCUCUCUAUUGUCCUCCACUACAUUCAUUAGUCUCUAUCUCUCUCUCUAUCGUCCUCCACUACAUUCAUUAGUCUCUCUCUCUCUCUCUCUCUAUCGUCCUCCACUACAUUCAUUAGUCUCUAUCUCUCUCUCUCUAUCGUCCUCCACUACAUUCAUUAGUCUCUCUCUCUCUCUCUAUCGUCCUCCACUACAUUCAUUAGUCUCUCUCUCUCUCUCUCUAUCGUCCUCCACUACAUUCAUUAGUCUCUCUCUCUCUCUCUCUCUCUAUCGUCCUCCACUACAUUCAUUAGUCUCUCUCUCUCUAUCGUCCUCCACUACAUUCAUUAGUCUCUCUCUCUCUCUAUCGUCCUCCACUACAUUCAUUAGUCUCUCUCUCUCUCUCUCUCUAUAUCGUCCUCCACUACAUUCAUUAGUCUCUCUCUCUCUCUCUCUCUCUCUCUCUCUCUCUCUCUCUCUCUCUCUCUCUCUCUAUCGUCCUCCACUACAUUCAUUAGUCUCUCUCUCUCUCUCUAUCGUCCUCCACUACAUUCAUUAGUCUCUCUCUCUCUCUCUCUCUCUAUCGUCCUCCACUACUUGUGUCCAGUGAAGCUGAAAAUGUAAACAUUGGUUGAGUUGUUUUGAGUACAGUACUACAUUACCCACAAUUCCCUCCAUGGAAAUUAUUUUUCACUAGGGUUGCACAUUUCUGGUAGCUUUCCUCAAAAAAAAUCCAUCCCUGAUUUGUCUAGAAAUCUUGGUUAAAAAGGUUUCAGGAAAAAACAGGAAAUCCUCCAACCAGGAUUUCUGGGAAUUUGGGGAAAUGUACUGUACAUUUGAAACCUUAGUCUCCCCUGUAUUUGAUAUUUGGUUCUAUAUAUUUGAUCUACUUUAGGGAAGAACACAACUACAUUCCUCCAGCUACGGUAAUGAGCCUAAAUACUCUACCUCUUCAUUUGCCAUUCGUUGACAGUAUGACAUAAAAUCCUCUUUUCUUUCUAUUUUGUUUUUGUUGUUGUAAUUCUUUCCGAAAGACCGCUCUUUAGUCGAGAGCACAUGUGGUUCCUAUGUUUAGUGUCUGUACCUAACUUAAAUGAAUAAAGUAGAUUAUAAUGUGG